AGCAUUCUGAGCUCCUGUAAUUGCAGAAAUCAGCAGGGGCCCAAAGCAGAAAGGGCUCGAACAAGCCUCUCUCCUCACACUUCUGGGAGGGGAGCCUCCCCGUGGAGGAAGAGGCCUUAACUGCAAAUCCUCUGCAGCUGCUACCAGCCUGUCCUUUCUGUGGGCCAACUCUGACCUUGGAGCCAGUCCUGGGCUACUAAAGGGCGACUUGAAAAUACAGAUGCUCUCGGACACGUUCACCACAUUUGAUGACGAACUAAUUUAGACUGGCCCCAAGAACUAUCCCACAGGACACAGGAGUUCAACCUCAGAAAAUCCCUGACAUCUGACGCAGGAGGAUUUGCGGGGUUAGUGGAGAUUGCUUUCUCCCGCUGGCCAGAUUACAGACUGCAGCUUCAUUUUUGCAGCAGUAAACAUCCUUCUAAUGACAAACACAGCAUGGUGCCUUAGGAGGCCACCGACAGUCUCCCAAACCGGCUCCUUCUCACGGCUUCUCGGGAGAACGGUUUGAUUUGGAAAUCUAUGUUGGCGGUCCAGAAUAUGAAAUUUGGCAUCUUCCUUUUGUGGUGGGGAUGGAUUCUGGCCGCUGAGAGCACAGCGCACUGGCCAGGAAGAGAAGUUCAUGAGCCAUCUAGGAAAGGCAGCAGACCUCAGAGACAGAGACGAGGAGCGCACGACGAUGCCCACAAGCAAGGCAGCCCAAUUCUGAGACGAAGCUCCGACAUCACCAAGUCGCCUCUCACCAAGUCAGAGCAGCUGCUGAGGAUAGAUGACCAUGAUUUCAGCAUGAGGCCUGGCUUCGGAGGCCCGGCCAUUCCCGUGGGUGUGGAUGUGCAGGUGGAGAGCCUGGACAGCAUCUCCGAGGUCGACAUGGACUUCACCAUGACACUCUAUCUGAGGCAUUACUGGAAGGAUGAGCGGCUGUCUUUCCCGAGCACCAACAAUCUCAGCAUGACAUUUGAUGGCCGGCUCGUAAAGAAGAUCUGGGUUCCCGACAUGUUCUUUGUGCACUCCAAGCGCUCCUUUAUCCACGACACCACGACAGACAAUGUCAUGCUGCGGGUACAGCCCGAUGGGAAAGUGCUGUACAGCCUCAGAGUCACAGUAACGGCGAUGUGCAACAUGGACUUCAGCAGGUUCCCCCUGGACACGCAGACCUGCUCCCUGGAAAUUGAAAGCUAUGCCUACACAGAAGAUGACCUCAUGCUAUACUGGAAAAAAGGCAACGACUCCUUAAAGACAGAUGAGAGGAUCUCCCUCUCCCAGUUCCUCAUUCAAGAAUUCCACACCACUACAAAACUAGCCUUCUACAGCAGUACAGGCUGGUACAACCGUCUGUACAUCAACUUCACUUUACGUCGUCACAUCUUCUUCUUCUUGCUCCAAACCUAUUUCCCUGCCACCCUCAUGGUCAUGCUGUCCUGGGUGUCCUUCUGGAUUGACCGCAGAGCUGUGCCUGCCAGAGUCCCCUUAGGCAUCACCACGGUGCUGACCAUGUCCACCAUCAUCACAGGCGUGAACGCCUCCAUGCCCCGAGUGUCCUACAUCAAAGCCGUGGACAUCUACCUCUGGGUCAGCUUCGUGUUCGUGUUCCUCUCGGUGCUGGAGUACGCGGCUGUCAACUACCUGACCACGGUGCAGGAGCGGAAGGAACGGAAGUUCCGAGAGAAGAUCUCCUGCACCUGCGGACUACCCCAGCCCCGAGCAGUGAUGCUGGAUGGCAGCUACAGUGACGGGGAGGUGAAUGACCUGGGUGGCUACAUGCCUGAGAAUGGAGAGAAGCCUGACAGGAUGAUGGUGCAGCUGACCCUGGCCUCCGAGAGGGGCUCUCCCCAGAGGAAAAGCCAGAGAGGCAGCUAUGUGAGCAUGAGGAUCAACACGCACGCCAUUGAUAAAUACUCCAGGAUCAUUUUCCCAGCCGCUUACAUCUUAUUCAAUCUGAUAUACUGGUCAAUUUUCUCUUAGAUGCCUGUGAUUCUGUCAAUCUCACCUUCUUCGUGGUUUGUAUGCACUACAGAAAUUGCUGUAAAAUGAAACAGGAUGGUUGAAAAACCAUCCCGGUACCCACCUGGAUUUUCACUGUCUCUUCUUCAGCUGUCCAAAGCUGCACUGACAAGACACCCUUUUUUUUUUUGCAUUUAUUAUUUUGCAAUCAGCAUUAUACAAGGUGUUUCAGGAAUUUGUCAUGAUAGCCACUGAUAUUAGCUGUCCCCAGGUCCCAGGAAGAGCAUAGAGGCCACAUGUGGACAUGCUGCAAUUCAGUGCUGGGGUCCUGGAUGCUGUUCACAGGGAGGGCUUCCUUCAUGGGUGGCACUGUGUUCUUUAGACUAUGUAGAACUGGGGAGUACCUGAAUCAAACCUAUUUGCAUGGAGCCCACAUGCACAUGAAUCCCUUCUGAUGAAAGGCCCUACUUCAGUCUGUCCCUGCACCUGUUCUGUAUCCCUUAUAGUUAAUGAAAGGUAAUGAUGCUCAUGUUCCAGUCUCUCCCUCUAUCCACUCUGCAUCCUCCACAGUUAAUGAAAGGCAGUGAUGCUCAGGACCUCUCUAACAAGCUGUAGAUAUCUCCCCUUAUAAGACAUGCUCUUUAGACUGUUGACUUUUCCCUGGUAAAGAAUGGAAUUCUCUCCAUUCUUCUGAAUAAUCAGCAUUUCAAGGAAACUUGGGAUGCUUAUAGCUCAUAAGAAUGAGAAGCACACAAUUUCUUAAGAGAAAAUAGCAUUAAAAAUCAAAAGAAACAGACAGACAUCUGCGUUGCCACUCAGCAAGAGCCAGCACUGUCUAGGAACUAGACAUCAGUUGUCAUCUAGACAGAGCAUGCAGCAGACCAGAUAAAGUGGUCAGUGGCAACUGAUGUCAUGGGUUGUAAUUUGAUGUAUUAUUUUAAAACAAUGUUUAAAAAACAAGCCUUUGUGUUAUCUAUCUAGAAGAUCUAUAACAACUCCAACCAGACUUCCCCAAACAGCAUUUACAGUAUGGCAUUUUCUCUGGGCCUCAUCUUUCACUCACAGAGACAGCGAGUCUAUUCAACACUCAUUCACAUCCCAGUAGCCACUAAGCCAACUUAACUAAGGACAUGGCCCUUUAAUUGUGGUUGUGUUCAGAGCUUAGUGAGACAUAAUGAUAAUUUCACAUUGUGGAACAUGUUAAUAAAUAUGGAGGUGGUCUAAGAGACCCCUCCAGGGACCACCGUCCUCUGUGCCAGGAAAGUUCCCUUCCUAUAUGUCCUCAGAUCUCCCCAUCAUUUCAGAGUUAACUUGACAGACCAACCCUAACUAAUAUGUGCAUGGCUAAUCUUUAUUCUGAUUUUUAAAAAGAACUAUUUGCAAACUCCUACUUAGAAGAUAGUCUUUCACUUCCCACAAUGAAAAGUCACCAAAAGCUUUCUUCAAACUCAAGUAGUAAACUUAGAAGGACAUAAAUUAAAUAAUUGAUUAUCAUUGAUAUUAAAAAUGACUGUUGUUUUGACAGUCAUGGUUUGCACUUGUCUCAACACUUGGAAGCAGGAGUGAGAGGACCUGGAGUUCAAAGCGGGGCCAUAGCUUUACAGCAUAUUGGGGGCCAUCCUGGGCUACGCGAGGUUUAAAAAGACUGCUUUUUCAUUUUUAUUUUAUGAAACAAUUACCUUUAAAGUCAACAUCUUUGCCACUGUCUUCUCCCUCACCACUAGGGCCACUGAGCUGUCUAGGUUUCCAGAUCAAAGCUAAACCUUACCUACUGUUUGGUAUACUCCAGCAUUUGAGUCAGUGUGUAGAAUGCUCUCCUAGUCUGCUAACCUGCUGCGUCAAGGACUGCAGACCAAAUGGCCUGAUUAACAGAGAUUUCUUUUCUUACAGUUCUAGAGACUAAUGUCCAAGGUCAAGGUGCUGGCAGAUGUGGUUUCCCCAGAGGCUUCUCUCCCUGACUUUCCAAUGGCCACCAUCUUGCUGUACGCUUGCCUUCUUUCCUUUGUGCCCACCUAUGUCCUUUUCUCCCUACUUAUAUUUGGUCAGGGCCCAUAUCAGUGGCCUCAUUUAACCCGAGUUCUUUCUUUAGAAGCCUGUCUCCAAACCAUUUGUUCUAUAGCAAUCUCCCCCAGGUUGGAAUACUUUAUUUUGGAAGGAAGCUCCUUAGGAUGUGCUAAAAGAAGGUGAUGUCCUCCAUCCCACAGGAAGAAGCCCAUUUAGGUUAAGCUCAGGAAACAAACAACUCAAAAGUUUCAGGAAAUCCCUGAAACCAAAUAGAUAAACUAUCGCCCUCCACAAAGUAUAUAUAAGCAAUAAGAACCAUUGAAAGUUGCUUUUAGGUGAUCCAAGCUGUCUGGAAGGGGCAAAGACCAGCCAAACUACCUGGAAGGGACACUUUCCAACCCAUCCAACUGCCUGUGAGUCAUGCAGUGAGCUCCAGAUUUCCAGCUGUUGUGAGCUGUUACCCAUGAUGGGGUGGACUUUGUUGAUGCAGCUGUCUUUGAGUCAUUUCUGCUCCUAUAAGUGACCCCAAUAAAGCUCAUUGGUUCACCGAG